GCACUGCGGCGCCCACUCCGCCGAUGACCUCUGUGACAUAUCUGUGAGUUGUGGCUCCCAGACGCAGCUGGACCCGUGCGGUUAAUUACCAGGAUGGCAGCGGACGUCCACAAUAAAGGAGUGACCUGGGACACUAUGAACGGCAGCCUAGCACCAGUGGACCGCCUUCGCAGUGACCGCUCAGACAGUCCAACACCUGGGCUGGUGGAGGGGACAGAGCCAGGUGCCGGUCAGGAGCACGCUCAGCACAUGUUCGUCCACGCUCAGUCUUUCGAAGAUCUGACCGCCGACAGUGAGAGUAACCCAGACUCUGAGCUAACAGGGAGCAGCAAUUCUGCUCUGGUGGAUUCGGAGGAAGGAGAGACGAAGGAGGAGGAGCAAAGAGGAGGUGCAGACAAUGAAGAGGAGCAGAAGGAGCCAGAGGAGGAGAAGCAGGAGGUUCAGAGUGGCGUCCGGCUUAAGGAGGAGGACGUUACAAGCGAAGCGUGGCGGAGACACAGGAAGCAUGUGUUCGUUCUGAGCGAAGCAGGAAAACCGAUCUACACGCGUUACGGCACCGAGGAGGCUCUGUCCACCACCAUGGGGGUCAUGAUGGCCCUCGUGUCCUUCGUGGAGGCCGGGAAGAACAUCAUUCGCUCCAUUCACGCAGACGGCUGUCGCGUGGUCUUCCUCCACAAGAGCCCGCUGGUCCUGGUGGGCGUGUCCCGGUCAAGCCAGUCAGACCGCGAGCUGUCCCGCGAGCUUCAGUACGUCUACUAUCAGAUCGUGAGCCUGCUGACACUGACGCAGCUCAACCACGUCUUCCAGCACAAGCAGAACUACGACCUGCGGCGGCUGCUGGCCGGCUCCGAGCACCUGACCGACAGCCUGCUGCGGCUGCUGGACCGCGACCCGGGGCUGCUCCUGAACGCUGUCAUGAGCCUCCCGCUGGCCAGCUCGGCGAGGGACGUUGUCUCCGCCAGCCUGCAGGCAGCCAAAGCCAAGAGCCUGGUCUUCUCCAUCCUGCUGGCCGGUAAUCGCCUGGUCACCCUGGUCAGGAAAAAGGACCAGUACCUCCAUCAUAUGGACCUGCAUCUGCUCUUCAACCUGGUGGGCUCGUCCUCAUCCUUCAGGGAAGGCGAGGGCUGGACCCCCAUCUGCCUCCCCAAGUUCAACACGGCAGGCUUUUUCCACGCUCACAUCUCCUACCUGGAGCCCAAGUCUGACCUCUGUCUGAUCUUGGUGUCCACGGACCGCGAGGACUUCUUUAACCUGUCCGACUGCAAGCGCCGCUUUCUGGAGCGGCUGCGCAAACGCAGUGCUUAUCAGGCCCUGCAGGAGGCGCUGCGGACACCCACCUACCCCGUCUCGCAGGUGGGCAUCCCUGAGCUCUGGCACUUUGUGUACAAGUCCAAAAGCUCAGGGCUCUACACCAGCCCAGAGCUGCCUGUGCCGUACCAAAGGGAGGAGGAGCAUGAGAGGCUGAUAGGGCUGUACCGUUACCUCCACAGCUGCCUGCACCACCCAACCCGCCCUCUCCGCUCAGUCUACCGUUGCGGAGACACAGAGAACCUGUUCGCCUGGGCCACCAGCGGCUUCGAGCUCUACCUCUGUUUCAGCCCUCUGGGUACGAAAGCACUGGCCAUGUCCGCUGUCACCAAACUGCUGAAGUGGAUCAGGAAAGAGGAGGACCGUCUGUUCAUUCUAAACCCUCUAACAUACUGACCCUUCAGUGCGUAAACCUUUUGUGGACCAGAGAAGAUCUCAGGAAGAUUUCCUGAUCAUGGUCAAAGCUCUAACCCACUGAAACUGUGCUGAACCUGCUGAGUGGACCAUCCUGACCAGCACAAACGGCACCAAAAUCACCUGGUUAUUCCCCCUACAAGCCAACCCGGUUUGUACUGGACUGGCAAGAGUUCUUGGAGCAGAGCCGUAGGAUUGGCUGUCCUUUCUGAAGCAGCUCACUUCACUCAGAAAUGCUUUGAGAAAAACACUAACAAAUUCUGUUAAAGGAGCUACAUGUAGGAGUCAAAUCAAAAAACUGUGAUUUUUUUUUUUUUGUUUGUUUUGUUUUUUAUUUUUGAUGCCAUUUAAAAAAAAAAUUGUGACAUUGUGACAGCCUUUCAGGAUGACUGGACCUGCAGAAAGAACUAACUACUAUGGAACUACUGUGUAAGUAUCAGAGCAAUUCACUGAAGUGUAGCCCCAUAUACAGACCCUUAGGGCUGCUUUCUAAGCCUAGAUUAAAAGGAAUUUCUAACAGUAAUUCUUCAUCAGCGCUGGAAUUGAUUGACUUCACCCAAGUUGUGGACUGUAGCAUUUUAAAUGCAGAUUUUGUAAAGCAUUGUCCAUAAUUAAGCUAAAACCCAGUCUGUGGAAUGGGCCCAUAGAGUUUAAGAGGUUAAUAUCUUGUUUGCAAGUGUUGACCAAUAUGUCUAGUCAUUCCUAUGGGGGCUUUUUUUUGUUGAAUUCCACUGAUGUAAACAAAGUCAUUCAGAGUGGUUUGAUGCCAAAUGGUUCAUCAUAGAGAAACUAUGAAACUGACUCACUAGGGGUCAUCCUGUCUACAACACACACACAGCCAUUUUAUUCACCGUCCAAAACCACCAGUGAGCCUCCACCUCCUCUGAGUUUUAUAUGGAAUGAUGAGAGUGGUAGAACAGCGGUGAACAGUACAUUUUCCUUUGGGACUGUUUUGCUUUAUAACCAUUCUCCAACAUGAAUGGCUCUUAAAAACACAUUUCUGGCCAGAAUCGUCUCCAAAGCAUAGAAAAACUACGUUUACAUGCACUUAAUAAUCCCAUAACUGCAGAAAAUCUGAUUUUUCCAUAAUCUCAUUAACAUAUUCACAUGCACUUAAGUAAUCAGAUAAUGGGGAAACUCAGUAAUCGGACAGUAAUCGGAUUUCUACUUUGCAAUCAGCCAAUAAACUCGCAGAAUAAGAUGUGAUGUAAAGAUAAUGUAAAACUUCAUGCCGUGGCUUUUAAAACAAAAAAAAAAACAAAAAAAACAAAACAUCACACCACUUUACCUGAAAAUACGAACAUAAAUCAUCUGGAAAACGAAGAAUAUUUAAAUCCUUCUUUUCGUCAAGCAUGUCGUUUCAGCAUUGCUCUAAAAUUGUUUAGCUGCGUCUCGCAGACUGAGAAAUUAGAAAGAAAUCAGAGUAAGAGUUUACAUGCGCUGAGAAAUCUGAUUACUGAGCUAAAAUCUUUAAUCUGAUCUAAGAAAUCUGUGUACUGUGUGCACUGUUUGGUUCCUAUCACCACCACUGUGAACAAUUCUGAUUCGGUGAGUGUCUCUAGAACAGACUACCAAACCACACUGAAUAACUGAGUUCUUUGGUGUUGUGCCAUAGAAGAGCCACUUUUGGUUCCUUAAAGGAACUUUCAGCAGAUGGUUCUUUAAGUCAGCUGAAACCACUUGGCUGGAAAGUUCUUAAGGGAACCAAAAGUCACUUUUCUUUUGCUCCAGAGAACCACUUUUGGUACCUGGCUUUUGUGUACCAUAUGACAUACAUAUGCCAGUUUUUUGGAUAGAAAUUUCCAUGUAGCUCCUUUAACACACAUUUACAGUCGCUUGCUUGUGCCUGGCUGCUUGAAGACCAAGUUCAUACAUGGCCUGUAUUGCACCCUGUGCUGGCAUACGUUUGGUUAUCCGAGCGAGAUAUCAAUGAGUAUGACUGCUGCUGCACAGCUCUCAGAUACAGGAUGAUGUACUUGUUUUGUUGAAAGCUACAGGAACGAUAUUGUCAAAUGCCAGGAAACUGUUAAUACUCCUGCUGUCGAGCGCAUGAAGUAAAGUUAAGGAAGUCUGUCGCUGUACUGAGCCCCCUCCCUACCUUAAAGCCAGACAAAUGUAAGCAGUUGCUGUAAGCAACGGAAGAUACAGUCAGAGGGUGCUGCUUGGAUUGUGGUUGAUGUCAACAUGCUCAGUUUUGACACACCAGUGAAAGGUGCCUAUAAAAAAAAUUACGUUCAUAUGAAAAUCCUACCUAUUUAGCCAGUCUGCUAACAGAAAAUCAGCUUUAUGGCAAGUUAUAGCCCAAAUAAUAUACAGUUGUAAUGGUUAUUCUUAACAGAACAGUUUCUGCAUGCACUGACAGCUAAACCCAAUAAAUGGCCAUUGCCUUUUCGUUCUUUUUAAGUGUCUUAGACCGACCACUGUUUUAGCCUAAUGUAACAUAUCAAAAUAACCCUUAUAUUAACUGAGCCGUGGUGGUUCACCUUCAGAGAAAAGCUUAUGGACCAAUCUGGGUGAUAUUUCAGUGAAAAUAUCUCAAAAGCAGCUUUCUUUUUUAGUUCUAAUCCCAUUUCAUUUAAUCCGUCUCUUCAGAAGACCAUGUUUACUUGGGACAGUUAGCUUUGGUUUAGCAAAGGAGAUUAGUGAACGUAUUUCUGCAGAAGAAGGGUUGGCGAUCACUGGCCUAACUGUUAAAUGGAGGGAAAGAGAUUCAAAUUCCAUCAAAGUACAGGUUUUAGGGCCUUAGCACUGCGUACCGCAGUGUUUUCCCUGAGCCAACAUGCCUGAUUUAGCUAAAUGGCUAGUUAGCGAGCUAACUAGUAACACAGUGCUAAACUAGGAAAAAGGCUAAGCUCUGCAGUUUAAAGUCAUCAAGGAUUCAGUCAACCUUGGACCGAACUGAUGGUUGGGACAAAAGUUAGACUUACAAAAGUUUUUUUCCAAAGUUUGCUGAUUUGGCUACGUGAGGCUAACGUUGCUCAUUACUUCCAUUUCUUGUGAGCCACACCAGCUUCGUAGCUCAUGUUCAGCAUUUUUGGAUGCCAGACUUAUGGGCUAGUCCCCUACAUUUGAGGGAAUAGUGAAAUUGCAAAUGCAAUUUAUAACAAAGCAAUGGUUUGCCAAAAUCUUUUGUGUUGUUCUGUUUUAUUCCAGUUGUUCCUCAGAUAACUGGUGAUUUUUGUUAUAAUGGGAAAAUUUACACAUACUUCCAGUUCAUUGAGAUUUCCUACUUUAUUGGGGUUUUUUGUAUUUUAUCCUUUUUGUUCGGGGCACAUUAAUGUCCAUUUGUGACUAUACUGUCAAAAACUAAUUGUUUGUAUCUUAGAGAGAAAUAUAUUACAAUGUCUUGUAUUUUCCAGUGAAGGAGGCAAGGUCUCAUGAUCUCUUAGCUUCACCUAACUGAAAUCUAGCUGUAAGCAGAUGUAAUGUAGGGCGGUGGUUCUUAGAAUCAGUCGUGUUUGGUGCUGUCCAUGCUCUAAUGCACAUGAUUCAGCUUGUGAGAAGCUGACUGAAUGCAUCAGAGCUAGGAAACUGUCCAAAAGUUUAUAGACACCUGCUCAUCUAGUGUUUCUUCACAAAUACCACCAGCCCAUCCCACAGAAUGGAGCUCCAUCACUCCAGAGAACGCAGUUUCACUGCUCCACAGCCCAAUGCUGGGUGGCUUUACACCCCUCUAGCCGACGCUUGGCAUUGAGCAUGGUGACCUUAGGCUCAUCUGAGGCUGUUCCAAAGCAUCCUAUUCUUUUGGUCAAGGCUUUUCUAUGGAGAUUUCUGUGUUCACUCAUAUUUAAGGGCUGUCUGAAUACUUUUUGAUACACAGUGUGUUUAGUAGUGCAGUGCAGCUUUUUCCAGGAUUGGAUUUGAGAACCACUGCUCUGAAGAUUUGAUUAUAAUGCUAAAAUAUCUCUCAUUUUCCUUUGCAAUGUUGAUGACCCUGUUCCUCUUGCUUUUAACUGUGUGUAUCCAGAAUGGACCAAGUGGAUUUUAAGAGAUUGAUGGAAUAUGUAUGUUAUGGAUUGUCUUUUUAAAGUGAUAGUUUGGCAGAAAAACAACAGAUUUGUUGGGCGGGGGGUGAGUGAGUUGGAAGUGGUUAUUGUAUAAAUCAGAUUUUUAAUCAAACUAUCACUUUGUCAGUUCAUACAUUCCAAGCAUUGAAAGGUUGUGGAGAUUACUUGGUGCCCCUCAUAUCAGUGACUCUUGUAUCUUUACGAUGGUCAGUGCAGAUCAUUGUUUGCGACAACAGGAGUCGACACACAUCUUCAUGUGUUACUGACAUGCACCCCAUAGAAAUUAGACCAUGUAAUGUUGCAUUAUGUAAAUUAACAAAUAUUUAAUAAAGAUCUAUUUAAAUAUG